GCUUUGGUGAUUUCGCAUCAGGUUGUAAAGGAAUUAAAUCUUGAGUUGACAAUUCUUGCUUUUUAGUAUUUUAUACUUAUAAAGUAACUAGUCUAAAGCGAUACUGAAUUAAUACUGUCUUUAUACCUGCCUAUGUAAUGUCUACGUUAACGGAGAAAAGAAGCGCAGAGCUUGGAGCUUUAGCUAUUCCAUCAAAGCGGCCACGAAAUGAAUACGAAGUCGCAACUUAUGAAAAUCAGAAAUCUGUCGUUGCACAUGGCCCGCCUCGAACAUCAAGUCUGCUGGCCCCAAUUAUGCUACUGACGGGUCAUGAGGGGGAAAUCUACAGCUCCAAAUUCCACCCGGAAGGCAAUAUGAUAGCUUCAACUGGCUUUGAAAGGUUAAUCUAUUUGUGGAACGUGUAUGGUGAAUGCGAUAACUUUCAUGUCAUAAAAGGGGGUCAUAAGGGAGCUGUACUUGAUCUACAGUUCAACACAGAUGGGUCUAACAUUAUCACAGCCAGUACUGACAAAACUGUUGGUCUUUUUGACUCCGAAACAGGAGAGCGAAUAAAACGAAUGAAAGGCCAUAAUGGUAUUGUUAAUACUUGCACAACAGCAAGAAGAGGUGACCCAUUGGUUGCGUCGGGUAGUGAUGAUUGCACCGUAAAAAUAUGGGACACUAGACGAAAAGGGGCAAUCAAAUCAAUUCAGUUAACGUACCAAAUUACAGCGGUUUCUUUUAACGAUACAUCGGAAAGUGUUAUUACUGGUGGAAUUGAUAACGUUAUUAAAGUUUGGGAUAUUCGCUCGGAAAAAUCAUAUAUUGAACUCCAAGGACAUGCAGACACUGUCACUGGCCUCACAGUUAGCAAGGAUGGCUCAUUCGUUCUAUCGAAUUCAAUGGAUUGCACAAUGAGGAAAUGGGAUAUACGACCAUUCGCACCACAACAGAGAUGCACUAAUCUAUACAUGGGUCACAAGCAUAACUUUGAGAAGAAUUUGUUAAGGUGCAGCUGGUCUCCAGAUGAUAGUAAGAUAGCUGCUGGAUCUUCGGACAGGGACGUGUGUGUUUGGAACGCUACAAACCAGCAGUUGAUUUACAAGUUACCGGGCCAUGAUGGCUCAGUGAACGACGUACAAUUUCAUCCAUUUCAACCCAUAGUUAUGUCGUGUUCAAGUGACAAACAAAUAUAUCUUGGUGAAAUACAAUGAACAUACUAUAUAGCUGGAAAACUAAAUGAAUUGCCACAUCUGUGCUCGCUGCUACACCAUCCUGCAUUUUAAACUCUGAACUUUGUUGUACAUAUUUUGUAAUAAUAAAGAAUAGAACCAUCAACUUGUUUUUAAUUAGUGUUUGGUCAACGUGAAAAUGCUAAAAAGGUAUCAGCACUUUGCAUUACCACUCAAAUGGUGUUGUAUUGCCAUACAUUUUGUCAGAUACAAUAUCAUCAUCA